ACACACAACAACACCAACACACACACAGCAAGUCCGGAGCUGCACGCGGACCCUGCCUCGAGAAAACAUAUAUCCCGCCUAUUUCGCUCACGUCCUUGACAAGUGGGUAUUUAAUGCAGCCCGGGGCAAAGACAGCACUUCAUAGACACUCUGCUCACCUAGGAGAGUGUUCACAACUUCACGUCUCUAACGAUGGCUGUUGUAAGUGUAGCAACGUGGCUCGCGCCUAUGAACCUGGCUAUCGUGGCUCUAGCCCUGUUUGUUGGCUACUUGCUACUGAGACCAAACCGCUGGCGGGGUAACCCACCGCCCGGCCCAAGCGGGUGGCCCGUCGUCGGCAGCAUGUUCCAACUCGGCAACCGACCGGAGAUCUUUUUAACCAAGAUGUCGGAGCGAUAUGGGGACAUAUUCAGUUUGAACCUAGGCCAAAAGCGCGCGGUUGUUGUCAACACUUGCGAAACGUGGGCGGAGGCCAUCAUAGAGAAGGGACACAUCUUUGCCGACCGGCCCGAUCUUUUAUCUUUUAAGUGGGAGCAAGGUGGUGACCAAAAUCUCGGUGUGGCAUUCACUCGAGCCUCCAAAAUUUAACGCAAGAAAAUCAAACACGUUCGAGCGGCUUUGAAUCCGGCCAUUCCUGAAGUCGCUGAGAAGUUUAACACGAUCAUAGCGAGUGAAGUCGCGUUGCU